AUUUUGAAGAGUAACAUUGCAACCGGAAAAAGGCUUGCGGUUUCGCUAAAAACUCGGAUGCUAGCUGGAUGGAAGCGAAGUAAGUCUGUCCGAGACAAACAUGAACAAGCUGAAGUCCUCCCAGAAGGAUAAAGUUCGUCAGUUUAUAAUUUUCACCCAAUGUAACGAGAAGACUGCGGUGAGCUGCUUGUCUCAGAAUGACUGGAAGCUCGAUGUUGCCACAGACAAGUUUUUCCAGAAUCCUGAGCUCUAUGUGUCAAACAUCAAGGGAGGCUUAGACAAGAAGAAGCUGGAGCAGCUGUACAACAGAUACAGAGAACCUCAAGAUCACAACAAAAUAGGCGUUGAUGGGAUCCAGCAGUUCUGCGAUGACCUGGGUCUGAAUCCGGCCAGCGUCAGCGUCCUCCUCAUAGCGUGGAAGUUCAGGGCGGCCACACAGUGUGAAUUUUCCAAACAGGAGUUUAUUGAUGGCAUGGCGGGGCUUGGGUGUGACAGCAUCGACAAGCUUAAAUCGCAGCUGCCAAAGAUGGAGCAGGAAUUAAAGGACCAAGGAAAAUUUAAAGGCUUUUACCAGUUUACAUUUGAUUUUGCGAAGAAUCCCGGUCAGAAGGGUUUGGAUCUAGAAAUGGCUAUUGCAUACUGGAAUUUAGUCCUGGCUGGGAGGUUCAAGUUCUUGGAUCUGUGGAACCAGUUUUUACUUAAGCACCACAAGAAAUCUAUUCCCAAGGACACUUGGAAUCUGUUACUAGACUUCAGCAAAAUGAUCACAGACGACAUGUCAAAUUAUGAUGAAGAAGGAGCCUGGCCUGUCCUUAUUGAUGACUUUGUAGAAUUUGCACGGCCACACAUUGGGACCAAAAGCACGGCAGUUUAAGGGUUUCUGAGGGAAGAGUUUUGCAAAGCACAACACAUUGACUGGAUGUCUGGUAAAGCGCUCCGAGCAGUGGUUGUGAUGCCUUUUCAACACUCAGGACUAAAGUGUUUUACACAUCAGAGACUUCAUAUAAAUGUGUUUGUGUGUUCUGGUUGACUGGAUUUAAGACUUCACCUUAAGUACUGAUCUUUUAUAUGCGUUCAAGCCAACUGGAGAAGAGUCGCCAUCUUGACCCGUUUGUUCCCUGGUAAUGGUCGUCUUUAAAGGCAUGUGGACGUACUCCAAAAUUGUACUGUAAAUUGCUAGCGUUUUAAAAGGGAUAUUGUAUUUUAUUACCAAUGUGCAUUUCUUAUUUUGUUUUUGUGUUCUGAUGCAUCUGUGUGUCAGUCCAGUUUGAAGCACUGGAAAUUUUAAGCACAGUGCUGUUUAAACAGAAUUGUUAAAGGAAAAAUAAAGUUUCCAUUUGCUGUCUUUU